GACACAGUUAUCAAUACAUAUCCACCUGGGAUCAGGGAUCCAAUCAGAUGCAUUGAGCGAUCCCUAACGUGUUUCCCAGCGCUGGCAGAAGUAGGACAGACGUCAUUUUUCUUGUCUACAGUAUGAAAUAGAGCAGGUUGUGCUUUAAACAUGAACCAGGAGCUGGAUUUUAUGUUUGUUAAAUAUGCACGGGUCUGGAUCCCGGAUGUAGAGGAAGUGUGGAAGUCAGCAGAGCUCACCAAGGACUACAGACAUGGAGAUGGUGUACUGCAGCUGCAGCUGGAGGAUGGAAAGGAACUGGAGUAUAAAUUGGACCCCAAGACAAACAACUUGCCACACCUCCGUAACCCUGAUAUCCUGGUGGGAGAAAAUGACCUGACAGCUCUCAGUUACCUUCACGAGCCCGCUGUGUUACACAAUCUGAAAGUGCGCUUCACUGAUUCCAAACUCAUCUACACAUACUGCGGUAUUGUUCUAGUCGCUAUAAACCCAUAUGAGACACUACCCAUCUAUGGAACUGACAUCAUUUACGCGUACAGUGGGCAGAAUAUGGGUGACAUGGACCCUCACAUCUUUGCAGUUGCAGAAGAAGCUUACAAACAGAUGGCCAGGGAUGAGAGGAAUCAGUCCAUCAUUGUGAGCGGAGAAUCCGGAGCAGGGAAAACUGUCUCAGCCAAAUACGCCAUGCGUUACUUUGCUACGGUCAGUGGCUCUGCCAGUGAAGCCAAUGUGGAAGAAAAAGUUCUGGCAUCCAACCCCAUCAUGGAGUCCAUUGGUAAUGCCAAGACCACCAGGAAUGACAAUAGCAGUCGUUUUGGGAAGUACAUUGAGAUUGGCUUUGAUAAAAAGUAUCGCAUCAUUGGUGCGAACAUGAGGACAUAUCUCUUGGAGAAAUCACGUGUCGUAUUUCAGGCGGAUGAGGAGAGGAAUUAUCAUAUCUUCUAUCAGCUCUGUGCAUCUGCUCACCUCCCGGAGUUCAAAGCCCUGAAACUCGGAAAGGCUGGGGAAUUUCACUACACCAAACAGGGCAAGAACCCAGUGAUAGAUGGAGUGGAUGAUGCCAAGGAGAUGUCGACCACCAGAAACGCCUUUACACUGCUAGGCAUAAACGAGUCCUAUCAGUUGGGCUUGUUUCAGAUUCUGGCUUCAAUUCUGCACCUGGGGAACGUGGAAGUGAAGGAUAGAGACUCGGACAGUAGUAUUAUUCCACCAAAUAAUGGUCACCUGAGUGUGUUUUGUGAAUUGAUGGGAGUGACGUAUCAAGACAUGUCUCAUUGGCUGUGUCAUAAGAAGCUGAAGACGGCGACUGAGACAUACAUUAAGCCUGUUCCCAAACUACAGGCCAUAAACGCCCGCGAUGCUCUCGCCAAACAUAUCUACGCCAAACUCUUCAACUGGAUCGUGGACCAUGUGAAUAAAGCGCUGCAUUCAACGGUCAAACAGCACUCGUUCAUUGGAGUCCUAGACAUUUACGGGUUCGAGACUUUUGAAAUCAACAGUUUUGAACAGUUCUGUAUUAAUUAUGCCAAUGAGAAACUACAGCAACAGUUCAACAUGCAUGUGUUUAAGUUGGAGCAGGAAGAGUAUAUGAAAGAGCAGAUCCCCUGGACUCUCAUUGAUUUCUAUGAUAAUCAGCCAUGUAUCAACCUCAUCGAGGCCAAGAUGGGCAUCCUGGACCUGCUGGAUGAAGAGUGCAAGAUGCCGAAGGGCUCUGAUGACUCCUGGGCUCAGAAACUGUAUAACACUCAUUUGAAGACGUGUGCACUUUUUGAAAAACCACGGAUGUCCAAUAAAGCUUUCAUUAUACAGCACUUUGCAGAUAAGGUGGAGUAUCAGUGUGAUGGCUUUCUGGAGAAGAAUAAAGACACAGUGAAUGAGGAGCAGAUACAUGUUCUGAAAGCCAGUAAGUUUGACCUGCUGGUGGAACUGUUCCGGGAUGAGGAGAAAGCCACAAGUCCGACUGGUGCUGCUCCUGCUACAGGAGGACGCACUCGCCUCAGCGUCAAACCAGACAAGAACAAACCCGGCCAAGCCAGCAAAGAACACAAGAAGACAGUUGGACUGCAGUUCCGUAACUCUCUGCAGCUGCUGAUGGAGACACUGAAUGCGACUACACCACAUUACGUUCGCUGCAUCAAACCCAACGAUUACAAAUAUGCCUUCACGUUUGACCCAAAGAGGGCAGUGCAGCAACUGCGUGCAUGUGGAGUUUUGGAAACAAUCCGCAUCUCUGCAGCUGGUUUCCCAUCUAGGUGGACGUAUCAGGAGUUCUUUAGCAGGUAUCGUGUCCUGAUGAAACAAAAAGAUGUUUUGACAGACAGGAAGAUGACCUGUAAGAAUGUUCUGGAGAAACUGGUGCAGGAUCCAGAUAAGUACCAGUUUGGCAAGACCAAGAUCUUUUUCCGCGCCGGGCAGGUUGCGUAUUUGGAGAAACUGCGUGCAGAUAAGCUGCGUGCUGCCUGUAUCCGCAUCCAGAAGACCAUCCGUUGCUGGCUGGCACGCAAGAAGUACCUGCGCAUGAAACAUGCUGCAACAACCAUCCAGAGAUACGUCCGUGGAUACCAGGCCCGCUGUCUUGCGAAAUUCCUGCGUCGCACACGUGCUGCGAUCAUCAUUCAGAAGUACCAGCGCAUGUAUGUCCAGAGAACAUGUUACAAACGCAAGCAGGCUGCCGCUCUGGCCAUGCAGUGCAUCCUCAGGGCGUACAUGGCCAGACAGCUGUACAAAUCGCUUCUGCGUGAGCAUAAGGCCAUCAUCAUCCAGAAGAUGGUCCGAGGCUGGUUGGCGCGCCAGUGGUUCAAGCGGUCACUCAGAGCCAUCGUUUACCUGCAGUGCUGCAUCCGCCGCAUGCGAGCCAAGCGAGAACUCAAGAAGCUCAAGAUCGAAGCCCGUUCGGUGGAACAUUUCAAGAAACUCAACAUUGGCAUGGAGAACAAGAUCAUGCAACUGCAGCGCAGGAUAGACGAACAGAACAAGGAGAACCGUGGUCUCAGCGAGCGUUUGAACAGUUUAGAGGUGAGCCAUGCUGCAGAGUCAGAGCGUCUGCGUGUAGAAUUGACGCGUCUGCGAGGGGCAGAAGAGGACGCCAAAAACAACGCCAACAAAGUUACGUCUCUUCUGGAAGAGGUGGAGCGACUGCGCAAAGACCUGCAGAACACACAGAAGGAGAAGAAAGCAAUCGAGGACUGGGCACGAACCUACCAGGACGAGAUGGAACAGAUGAUCUCAGAACUAAAGGAGCAAAACCACCUGCUGAAGAACGAGAAAAACGACCUGAACCGACUGAUCCAAGAACAGAGCCAGCAGUGGAAAGAGAAAAUGCAGAGGGCACUGAAGGAGGAAACCGAGCAGUUGGAAAACGAUUUAAACGAGGAACGCUCUCGCUACCAGAACCUUCUUACCGAACACCUCCGACUAGAAGAGAAAUACGACGAUUUGAAAGAGGAGAUCACACUUGCUGUAAAUAUACCAAAACCUGGUCACAGACGCACAGACUCCACACACAGCAGCAACGAAUCAGAAUGUACCUACAAUUCAGAGUUUGCCGAGUCCGAGGACGGGACCCGUGGAGGGGAGGACGCUAUCAAGGGGAUACUGGAUAUGUCCUUGUUCCUAAAGCUGCAGAAGAGAGUUUCAGAGCUGGAGCAAGAGAAACAGUCACUACAGAACGAACUCGAUCGGAGAGAAGAGCAGUUUCAGCGGGCUAGAGCUAGGGACGAUGAGGAACACAAGAAAGCUCGUAGUGCUGAGCUGGAAUAUGAAUCACUCAAGCGUCAGGAGUUGGAGUCCGAGAACAAAAAGCUAAAACAUGAUUUGAAUGAGAUGCGUCAGUCUCUGAGAGGCAGCGCUGAGGCUGGUUCUGCUGCUCCGGGUUCUCCUGCGUACACGGUCCUGCUGGAUCAGCUGAACGCCUCCAAUGAGGAGCUGGAGGUGCGGAAGGAGGAGGUGCUCAUCCUGCGCUCUCAACUCGUCAGUCAGAAAGAAGCCAUGCAACACAAGGAGACUAUGACUGAGCCUUUGCCGUAUAUUGAGGAUGUGCAGAAGCUGACUGAUGCCAAGGAGAUCUCCCAGGCCUACAUGGGCCUUAAAGACACCAACAGAUCACCAAGGUUUACACGCAGACCGACUGAAGUGAACGAGCUUGUGAGCAGGUUGAGAUCCCCAUUCCCUGACUAUCAUAAGCUGAAUGAGGAUGGAGAACUGUGGCUGGUUUAUGAAGGGUUAAAGGAAACUAACAGGUUGUUGGAGUCUCAGUUGCAAGCUCAGCGUCGGUCUCAUGAGAACGAGGUGGAGGUUUUGCGUGGAGAAUUGCAGAGUGUUAAAGAGGAGAAUAACCGUCAGCAGCAGCUGUUAGCUCAGAACCUGCAGCUUCCUCCAGAGGCCCGAAUCGAGGCCAGUCUACAGCACGAGAUCACGCGCCUGACCAACGAGAACCUGGAGCUUCACUCUGAUGAUCCAAAGGAGUAUAAAGCCUACAGAAUCAGCAUGUUACGCAGGAUGGUUGAUCUUAUGGAGCAACUAGAGAAACAGGACAAGACCGUCCGCAAACUGAAGAAACAGCUUAAAGUCUUCGCAAAGAAGAUCAAUGACCUUGAAGGUGGCCAGAUGGAUGUGUCUCCAGGACAGACGACUGAUGAGCCUGUUCAUCCAGUGAAUAUUCCACGCAGGGAGAAAGACUUCCAGGGAAUGCUGGAAUACAAGAAAGAGGAUGAACUCAAACUGGUCAAAAACCUCAUACUUGAGCUAAAGCCUCGUGGAGUGGCAGUGAAUCUGAUACCGGGUCUGCCGGCAUACAUCCUCUUCAUGUGUCUGCGUCAUGCCGACUACAUUAAUGAUGACCAGAAAGUCCGAUCUCUACUUACCUCCGUCAUCAACAGCAUCAAGAAGAUCCUCAAGAAAAGAGGUGAUGACUUUGAGACUGUUUCCUUCUGGUUGUCUAAUACAUGUCGUUUCCUGCACUGCCUGAAACAGUACAGUGGUGACGAGCAAUUCAUGAAGCAUAACACUACUAAACAGAACGAUCACUGUCUCUCCAACUUUGACCUGGCCGAGUACCGGCAGGUUCUGAGUGAUCUGGCCAUUCAGAUCUACCAGCAGCUCAUCAAGUGUAUGGAGAACAUCCUGCAGCCCAUGAUCGUCUCUGGCAUGCUGGAGCAUGAAACCAUCCAGGGUGUGUCUGGGGUGAAGCCCACUGGUCUCCGUAAGAGGACGUCCAGUAUCGCUGAUGAGGGGACAUACACGUUGGACUCCAUCAUCCGGCAGCUCAACUCCUUCCACUCCAUCAUGUGUCAGCACGGAACCGACCCAGAGCUCAUCAAACAGGUGGUCAAGCAGCAGUUCUACAUCAUCGGCGCCGUCACCCUCAACAACCUGCUGCUGCGUAAAGACAUGUGCUCCUGGAGCAAGGGCAUGCAGAUCAGGUAUAACGUGAGUCAGCUGGAGGAGUGGCUGAGAGAUAAGAACCUCAUGACAUGUGGUGCGAAAGAGACUCUGGAGCCGUUGAUUCAGGCUGCACAACUACUGCAGGUCAAGAAGAAGACGGAUGAGGAUGCUGAGGCCAUCUGCUCCAUGUGUAACAGCCUCUCUACAGCACAGAUUGUGAAGGUGCUGAACUUGUAUACACCUGUCAACGCAUUUGAAGAGCGUGUGUCAGUACUGUUCAUAAGAACAAUACAGACACGUUUACGGGAUCGGAAGGAGUCGCCUCAGCUGCUGAUGGACACCAAACUCAUCUACCCUGUGACCUUCCCAUUUAACCCCUCCUCCCUGGCCCUGGAAACUAUUCAGAUACCCAGCAGCCUCAAUGUGGGCUUCCUCACUCGUGUGUAGACCUGUCAAUCACCUCACCUCAACCAAUCACACGGCAGGAACAGGGAGCCAAAAUAUAUAAAUGAAAAGAAAAAUAUGAUAAAACUGUAGGUAAUUAACCCACACACUUAAAGAGAAUGCAAUUUAAAUCAUUCAUGCCAUCAAUCCUUCUUUUUGCACUUCUUCAUCAUUUUAUUUAUUCAAUAAAAGAGUUAAUCUCACAAAACCUGUCCAGUAUGUGUUCAGAUCACAAUUGACCCCACAAUCAAAAGAAACACAAGAAACUAUUUUGCUUGAAGAAAAUUAAGCUCAUUUGGACAAUUCAUAUUUUGAUAUUGUGGUGCUAUUUUAAUGACAUUCAUUCACUUCCUCUCAAAAUUCAGAUUACUGAAAAAUUCUGAUGCAAACUCGUCUGAAAAAUUCUGAUGCUUUUUUUAACUCGAUAUACUAUUGACAUUGUACAGUGUUUGCUAACAUAUGCGGAUUAAAUUAAAUAAUUGAAUUAAUUAAUAAUUAAUAUAGUGAUUUUUUUUUUUUUAUGGAUAAAAACGAAGUCAUUUUUAAAUGAACAGAAUAACAGAAAUGAUCAAAACACAUAUCCACAGCAGCACCUUACAAAUAAAUAAUAAUAAUAAUAAUAAAGUUCUUCAUUUACUUCAUGGAAGGUAUAUUCUUAUAAUAUUUUCUUUAGAUUGUGGGAGCUGGAUAUCUCUGUGAGAUUCACCUUUUAAACUGGAAUAUUUCAGCAAUGUUUCACAUUACGAAAGGAAGAAUGAAGGUCAAAAUAACUAAUUCUAACAAUAAUGCCUUUCCAGAGCACAACAAGAAUACGUUCACAGGGCUGUAUAAUCAUAUACAGAAAUAUCUAUGAAUAUGUAUGAUCCUAGGAUAUUUUAUUUAUUGCUUUACCCUAUCAGAUAUAUAUCUAUUUUUUUUUUUCUCUCAGAUGCUAGCUAACAUGGAUAUCCAGUUGCGGAACAUACUCUAAUCCUCUACUCUCAUCCAUAACAGAUUAAUAUCCUAGUCUCAGUAAAAAAUGUCAGCUGACUUCAUUAAUGUAGGUGUUUAUUUGUUAGUAGUGUGUGGUGAUGUUGAUUAGCUAGUAAAAAGUCAUGUCUGGUGUAACCGGAAAGAAAACUUUGCAUCCCAUAGCUUAUUUCUUCCUCAAGAGCUUCCUCAAGUUUACAUCUCUGAUCUUCAGGAAUCAUUUCCAAAGAGAUAGUACAGUCCAGACCCAGUGCAUGAUGGGAUUGCUUUGGUUUUCAUCAUACGAACAUAUCAAGAGCAUGAGAUCCGUGUUCCACAGGUUUCAGCAGAGCUUGAGCUAGUUCAGGCGAGAUCUAGACUCCUAAAUGAGGUUUAAUGAAGUUUCAGAUGGUUUGGGCCCUCCACCGUUCUACUGUUUGGUGAAUCACAUAAAGAAAUGUCCCAGUGAAAUAUGAAAUGAAAUAACAAAGAAUACUAAGCCUAUUUUAUGAAGAAUAUGAUUGCACUGUUGCAUUAUUUUCAGGAUAAUUAAGCAGGUUUUAAUCCCAAAUUCUCACUAUUGUAAUUUAGUGAUCCUUACUUAUGUACUUUACAAUUUCAAAAACAUAAUUUAUUAUUGUUGUAUUACAGUAUUGAGAAUUGAUGGAGAAAUAAUUGUGCUUAGUUAAAAAAAAAAGUUUUGCUCAGUAUAUACAUUAAUACACUUUAAUUUUCUUUUUUUUUUUAAAGAAAAGAUAAAUAAGAAAAUAGUUUUUGUUAGAUUCAUAGAGGUGACUUGUAUGCACAAAAGCACGCUGGAUAUCCCAAACAGAGCUAAACGAAACCCCAAACUACUGACUCUCAACACACCAAGAUGUUUGUCAUAAACUUGCUGUUAUUUAUUUCAGUAUUAUAUGUUUUUAAAGGUUAGACACGGCUUUUUUAUUUUAAGGCAUGUGCUGACAGAUGAGUUAAUAUAUAGAGACACAUUUCUUUUUGUCACGCGUGCUUUGUUUCACUGUUUGUCUUUUGUGUUCACAUCUGGCUGGAUAUCAGUAUUAUCUUGAAUGUGUCGGGCAGCUUUUAUUGGAAAGCUAUUAUUUGUCUUGUAUUUGUUUUUGUUCUGUAACUCCUGGAAUUAAAGCAGUCCACUGUAGUGCAGCCAUGUUUUCCAUCACACACACAUAGACAUUCACACACCUUUAUUAUAUUAUAUUAUAUUAUAUUUAGGGCUGUGCAAAAAAUCGAAUGCGAAUCGAAUGCUUCCAGGAGGUUAAAUUGUCGGUUAUGGAGGCUAGUUUUGGACUAGUUUUGAGAAGCAACUGGGCAGGAUUUGUUGUGAAAACCUGGCAACCCUGAUCUGAACGCACGUGCUGGAGAUAUACUUCUAAUUACAGGAGCGUCUUUACUGAUGAGAUGUGCAUGAAAAUCGCAUUCGAUUUUUUGCAUAGCCCUAAUUAUAUUAUAUUAUAUUAUAUUAUAUUAUAUUAUAUUAUAUUAUAUUAUAUUAUAUUAUAUUAUAUUAUAUUAUAUUAUAUUAUAAAAGCUUUAGGGUCGGAUAUGAUGCAUGUUGAUACUUUGUUUCCUCUGUCUACUGCAUGAUCUUCCUCACUAGUUCAGUGUGUUAAUGGCCAUUAACACACAGCUUUGGUUCUAAAAAGAGAAUCUCAUGCCAUUUCACUAGAAUGCACUGAGAUUUUAUCAUGCCUUACUGUAGUUAUAGUCCAUCCAGUAUCACGCAGAGCUUCUGUAUCAUUCUAUCAGUCUCAACUGCUUUCUGACGGAGAUCAGUGUUUAUGCAUGUCACAAGAAAAAACAAUGUGUGUGCGCACAUAUAAGACCUUUUUUAUAAUCAAUUUUGUAUUGUUUUCCAGUGUUUUUUUUUUUUUUUCUUGAAUUACAUUUAUUUUACAUACCUCGUUAGUGAUUUUCUUUUUCAAAUUUUAAGCAUUUGGAAAAAUGUAGUUGAAAAUAAAAUCAAAAACGUAAUGGGGUAAGGGGUGAAAGUUAAUUCAAAAUAUAAUUUGAAAAUGUCUUAUUUUAUUUCUCAGUUAAAUGAAGUUUGUUUACAUCAUUUUAGAAUGUUUUGGUCAUAUGGAUAUUUUUACUGGAAAACAAGACAAAAAUAGUGAUCAGCUUUUUAGUUUUUGUUGUUGCUGUUUUGCAGCGUAUUUAUGUUCAGUUCAGAUGAGCACAGCUGAAUUCAAGUUCAGCAUUCAACAUCUCAGUUCUCAUCAGUGUACGGAAUCAUUCAGGAGUUUUAUGAUCAUGGGACCAUUGUGUGUAUGAGUGUGUGUGUGUGUGUGUGUGUGUGUGUGUGUGUGUGUGUGUGUGUGUGUGUGUAUGUGUGUGACCUUUGCUUUUUUUUAUUGUGUUAGUCCAGUUGUUGUCGAAUUCAAAUAAAAAUGGUUGAAAGAUUUACAAAUGCAAUUUGAUUAAAAAAAAUGCAUAUCACUUCAAAUUGAAAAUAACAAAGUUGUACUGGAACACAAGUGAAAAUGUAAAAAAAAAAAAAAAAAAAUCAUUGAAUGUUGACAUGUUUGUACAUGGUUUUAUUUACAGUACAUUGUCAUAUUUUAGAUAAAGCCUUACCUCUGAAUGGACAACCUCAAUGUAACACUUUUGUUUCUCUGUGGGGUUUCAUAUUCUGUUCAUUUGCUUUAUUGACAUUUGUGAAGUAUAAACCAGUAUAAUUCCUGUUGAAAUGGGUAUAGAUUUCCAAAUGCCUCUUAAAUUUUUUUUGAUUUGCACAUAAAAAAACAAACAAACUCAGAUUUGUUGCACCGAUCCAACGGCCCUGUUUUAGUCUCUAGUCUCAGCUCUAGGUUCUAAAGUGGUUAGUAAAAAAAUGACUUUCACAUUAACAUCAGCUAGUCCACAGUCUGAUGCUCAUUGUAUCAAGAUCAGCCUGCUCUCAUGCUUGUAAAAAAAACAGCUUAUGCAGACAUCGAUAGUUGCUGUAGUAAUGCAGAUCAGUUGAACAUCUCAUGUUUGCUUCUCCUUCUGUACAGGAUUGAGCUGAUUGAGGUCCUUGGUCUGUUACUGAAGGACCAGAGAGUUUGUAGUUCCUGUAGCUGUAAUUAUUUCAUGUGUUCAUCAGUGCAAUUUCAUGGAGUGAUUUACUGUACUAAUGUCAAAAGCUGUUCAAGUCAAAUAAAUGAAUUCAGCACUA